GUUCAGACCGCUUUUUUCGAUCUCACCGCUACUUUGGUAUGUUGUCCUUGAGUAGCAAAAAAGGACUUCAUAGGCUGAUUUAUUCAUCAUACUCGCGACUUUCAUCUUCGGAGCCAAGUCAACCUUCAAAAGUUGAUAGUUCUGAUGAGUCCAUCCCGUACAAACCGUACAGUCCUUUUCCAAAACCACAAGGGAAAAUAGACUAUGUUAUCACCCGGCUUGAUGAUUUAGCAGACUGGGCUAGAAAAAACUCAAUAUAUCCGCUUACUUUCGGUCUUGCAUGCUGCGCUGUUGAAAUGAUGCAUAUCGCUGGGCCUCGUUAUGACAUGGAUCGUUAUGGGGUAGUUUUUCGGGCUAGUCCACGUCAAGCUGACCUUUUAAUCGUUUCUGGAACUGUUACAAACAAGAUGGCCCCGGCUCUUCACAGAAUUUACGCCCAAAUGACUCAACCGAAGUGGGUUAUUUCAAUGGGCUCUUGUGCAAAUGGUGGUGGUUACUAUCAUUAUUCAUAUAGUGUUGUACGUGGCUGUGAUCGAAUUAUUCCGGUUGAUAUAUAUGUCCCAGGUUGUCCUCCAUCUGCAGAAGCGCUGAUGUAUUCUAUAUUACAACUGCAAAAGAAAAUUAAAUCUGAAAAACACAUUCAAUCAUGGUAUAGGAAAUAAAUGAUGAAUUUAUCUUAAGUGAAAAGAGAAUUUUCAGAACUGAAUUGUAACUCACUUUCCAAAAUUGAUUCACACAUUAGUGUUUACCUGUAUUUAUUAUAGAAAACCAAACCUUUCUAGAUACACAUGUGUUUAUCUGCUCAAAUUUACGUACCACUUUUUGGGUAAAAUGUGGGUUGCACAUCUGUUGUAUUAUUCGGACGAUAUAAGUUAACUUUUCCAGCCACCAUCCAUCCUCACUCUCAGUGGUGACUAGCGUCUAAGUUGGUUGAAAGAGAACGAAGGAACGUUAAACCAAGCAACGAUAUCGAUUCAUUAUAUUAUUAACUGCUUAUAUUGGUCGUCUUGGGAAUCACAUACUUCUUUAUGGUUCGCAUACUAAUCGUGGAUCUCGAGUGAUAUAACUCAUAAUCAGUUGUAAAAGGUCAGUCGCAUUCAUCCAUUUUUGAAGUGUCCUCAGAUGUCAUAAUAGGCACGUUUCUCUCUGAUCUUCCAAUGUAUAUGACUUGAUUCGUACAUAUGAACUAGUGGAUACUAUUCAAUCAAAAUAUUUUUCUGUUAUGUUGGGGAGGGGUAAGUUACAAUCGGGAAAUGAGUGUGUGGUUAUUUUUUAUUGGCCCAACAGCAGAGUAACUUACUCGGACUGCGUAACAGUAUAAGUCAAAGUCUAGGGCAGAUGGAUUUAUACGAUAUCAAACAAAAAGCCUAGGAUGUUGAUAUCUAAUUUUUUCACUUAUAAAACUAUUCACUUUAGUGCUUCAAACACUUCAAAUUCAGAUGAAUAACUUCCAACGAUAAAAAACAAAGGUUUACUAACUGACUAAACAAGCGGCUUGUUCGUUAAAAAAUACUUUGAACACGGCAUGUCACUGAACCAUACCCUAAACAAAUCAUAUAUUCUCCCAAUAAAGCUGUAUAGACUUUAAACUGUAUGGAUAAUUGAUGAAUGCUUAAAAAUUUUGUUUUUGAAACAGUUCAUAUAAUAAGUCAUCAUAUUUUAUAAAGAAAUACAUUAUAAUAACUGUAUUGUGUCGUUCAAAAUUUGAAAUGUUUUGUAUUAUCAAUGCAGUAAUUGAUUUAAACUAGAAAAUCUAUUGGUUAUUUUGAAGACGGGUUGAAUAGUUGCAAAUUCUUUAUCGAAGAAAUAACGCUUUAUUUAUAAAAAAACUAAUAAAAAUCUCACAUUUAAAUAGUAUCAACUAAAAGGUGGCAUUUAUUUGAUAAUGAAGUGUUAUCGAUAACAAUUAAGAGAAACACUUUCAACGGAAAAGAGAAAUAAUCACUGGCAGUUUAAAAAUUUUGACUAAAUACAAUUAAGUUGGCAUAUUAAAGUGUCACAGUUUCAAUUUAAGCAAUCAAAUAUUUUCCGAACAACAAAGCUAUUUAUUCUUUACAACAACAGUCUGAGUUACAUAAUCGUAUACUGAUUUGAGUGUAUUUGAAUUCAAGAAAAUCUAGAGGACGUCAAAAAAGAUGGAAUUCAUUAAUAAAGAAAGCAGUGAUUAUAUAGAAUAAAACAUCUAGACCGACCAAAUAUUCAGCGUUUCGUAGAAUUCAAAUUGAGAAUGGAUUUGUAACACUAACUGAUUCGGAAUUGUGUACGUUAAGUUUUUUAACUUGUCAUUUUGAUUACCUUCCUAAUUGUAACUAUGACGCUAAUAAUUUUGUUUCCGACCGUUGCUGCCACCUUGACUUAGUGGCUGGGCUUGUCUAUCGCGAUGAACCAAUCGAGCUAUACUGGCUGGGACAAUCGUUCCUCAAGGCCUUCCCGCCAAGGCAGGGUUGGAUUAGAAAAGGUUGAUUGGAAAAAUAUACACUUCGCCGCGUCCCACGAAUAUCCGUCUCCGGCGGUACUGUCUCAACAAGUAACACAAAAUGGUUGUGUUCGACCGGCCACAAACAGUUGAUUUUUAUCCGAGUUGUAUUGACUCUGACAUAUUAACUAGUUUACUAUUAUUAAUGGCUUUACUUAGUAUUUUAUUUAUGAUACAACAUAGGAUUCUCGGCACAAGGUAUUUCUUUUACAAAAAAAGUGGAGGAAACUGAUAACGGCAUAUAUUCAUGCAUAAAUCAAUCAGAUGAACUACCUAGAAUUAAAAGCAAUGUUUUUAAGGAGAUUUGAAUCUCUACGAUUUUUUCAAUUAGAAACAUGUUUAAGAAUACAGGUUAUUGACUAGGUUAAGUCUAACAAUCUAUUCGUCACAUAGUAUAUUUGCUAGAUAAGGUACUGUAGGGUUUAUAUACUUGUAGCGUGGCGUCGAGUUGAG